ACAGAUUAAGCGUGUCAGCAGCAAGGUUCAUAUCGAAUCUGGAUUCUGGGUGCGUGCUAAACGGUGGUCAGACAGCGACGUGCUGGCUUAAGAGAACGAAGAUGUUGUUGCGCUCGGGACUUCUGUGGCGGCUGGCCGUGCUGGGCGUGCUCUGGGCAGCGCUGAUGCUGUGCCAGCUGCGUGGCAGUGCAGCGCGCGUGAUCUACUUCAAUGCGCUGAGCAGCAAUGAGAGCUUGGCGGCCCGGAACGACAGCCUGGAUGCCGUGGGCAGGGGCAUGCUGUUCGAGUCACGGCGGAUGGGCUGCAGGCGUGGAUACAUGUACGAUCAUCACAAUCGCUGCCGCCGGAUUGUGUAGCGACCUUUGGACUGGGGCUCGUUACCUUAUCGCUUAUCCAGAACUCAUUAACGUUUAACAAAUACAUUAUGUUUAUACAAUAUAUUAAAAAAAAGAAGACGUCACAAGACAAC